UAUUAUGAACUGCUGAAAGUAGCCUGUGGAUGGGCGGUACACAAUGUGUACAUGACUGCCAUGAUUUUGGAUUGCAAUAAUUUCAAAACAAAACAAAUAAAGACAGGGCAAAGAUCAGCUGUGACAAGUACAAGAGAAAGGGUGCCUUUCUCUUUAUAUUGAGAGACAACCAAAGAGGAGAAAAAGGAUAGGUGCAAUAAGAAAAGGGUCAAAGACGCUUCUGUUCCAUUUGCUUCAUCAUGGAAGGAUCUGAUAAAGCUUUGACUCUAAUCUUUUCAUGCCAUACAUGCAGUCAUACACCCGAGUGGAGUUGACUGAUUUUGAAGGCGUUUCUCUGGUCCAUUUCAUCACUGACAACUGGGAGAACAUUAAAAACUUCAAAGCAAGACCAGACGACAUCCUCAUCGCCACCCAUCCCAAAGCAGGGACUACUUGGGUGUCCUACAUUUUGGACCUGCUCUACUUUGGCAAUACAUCGCCUGAGCGCCAGACUUCUCUGCCCAUCUACUUGCGAGUACCUUUUCUAGAGGCAAACUUCCCUGAGACGCCUUCAGGGGAGGACCUGGCAAACAAGUUGGCCACCACUCCACGCAUCAUCAAAACGCAUCUCCCUGUUCAGCUGGUGCCCAAGUCCUUCUGGGAACAGAAUUGCAGGGUUGUCUAUGUAGCUCGCAACGCCAAAGACAGUGCUGUGUCUUAUUAUCACUUUGACCGGAUGAACAUGAUCUCAGCGGAGCCAGGAGACUGGAACACCUACCUACAAAGGUUCAUGGAUGGAAAGACCAUGUUUGGUCCUUGGUACAAUCAUGUGUGUGGAUACUGGGAGAAGAAGCAGACAUACCCAAAUCUUCAUUACAUGUUCUUUGAGGAUAUGGUGGAGGACACUGGGCGCCAGUUGGAACACUUGUGCUCCUUCCUUGGUUUGUCUACAUCAACAGAAGAGAGGAAGAGAAUUACAAAAGGUGUUCACUUUGAUGCCAUGAAGCAGAAUAAGAUGACCAACUACUCUGCAGUCCCAGUCAUGGAUUUCAAGAUCUCACCAUUUAUGCGCAAAGGGAAAGUUGGGGACUGGAAGAACCACUUCACUGUGGCUCAGAAUGAGCAGUUUGACAAACACUACAAAGAGAAGAUGAAGAGCACCACCCUGCAGUUCCGAACACAGAUUUAAGAAAUCCUACACAAUACCCACUACGUGAUGGCCUUGUUUAUUCAAGCAUGUUUUUUCCCCAUGUGUUGUCAGGUAUUGUUUUACUCUCACGCACUGCGCAUGAGCACAGGCAAACACAGACACGCAAACCCUCAUCCUGACAAUCUAACAGCAGGGCAAGAUAGUGACAGAUGCCCCCAUGAACGUCGCUCAUGCACAUAAACACAGUCGGGGAAAAUGAACUGGUGUAACAGGCAGUUUUGUUCAGCUAUUUUAACACAGUGAUGAAAAAUCUUGUUAAAAAAAUGAAUACUUUUUUUUUUUUUUAAAGCCCCAAGGGGACAGUUAACAUAAAACUGGUCUCUACCAAGCUGGCUACAGGCCUACAUAAUGACCAAUUCUUUUGCAUGUGUAUCACUGCUAAUGAUCACUACUGCAAUUCAUGAGAAAAAUGUGACAAUGUUUUUGGGAAUGUUUAUGGAGGACUUCAUCCCUUUGUGAGGGGGGAAUCUUUCACCAAGGGUCUAGCAAUACAUUCUCACUCCAUGGGAAAAAUCUUUUUUUUUUUCUUUCAAGAAAAUGACUAAAUGACUUCCUCCCGACUCUACAAUCAUUCAUUUUUUAACUCUUGAAUAUCAAUUCAUACAAUCCUAUUAAUAAAAAAAAAAUUAAAAUGUACAAAUUGUUUGUUUAUUCACAAACAUAUCUUGUGGCAUGCAAAUCUUUCUGGUCAAGCCUCAUAGUGUGUGAAGGGCUUACAAAAGAGAGAAAGAGGAAGAGAAAGAGAGAGUUAUGCUGUGUCGAAACCCAAUCCCACAGAAAGAUCAUGUAACUGGAAGGAAGAAACCCAAAGCAAAACAUGCUAGGAAUUCUACCACUCAAGUCUGGCAGCGUACUGUAAAGACAAACAGUACAGUUUAAGUUAAACAGCACAGUAAGUGAAUGAUGAGACUGACCCGAGCAGAAGUUGAAUCUGUCAC